AUUUUUUCGGUCGCGCACCAAUCACCUAGGAGCUGUGCUUGGAGAUUUGUGUUUCUCCCUCUUCUUCCUUUCUCCAGGGAUUAUUUUCGUCAUUUUUGUCCAGCUCGCUUGCGCCUUUGCAUUUAAUUGCAUUAUAAAACAUACACACUUUUUUUUUUCUAAGUGAUCGAAAAUUGGUUCAUCGGAUCGACCGGAACGACACGUUGGGUUGCCCUACGAGGUGCCAUACUUUUGGAGGACAGAAAUGUAGCGUACAGUUCUCUUUUCAAACAUCCUGUUCCAGUGCCGACUGGUGACAUAGAAAUAUAAAAAGCAGACAUGUCGAAGAAUAGUUGGGAAGGCUGAAAAAGAGCGACAAACAUUGUAAAGUACAUAACAAGGAACACAAACGGUGAAGCCGUAAAACGGUCUCCAGGUGGCGCAAACUUUCAAUGCUGCGAAAGCUGCGAGAAAAGAUGCAGCCGUUGCCAGCUGUGGAAUAAUCGAGUUGGAAAGUUGUUUCCAGGUAGACUUGUAUGCUGCUGCCAAGAAAGUAUCCAGUCCACACGAGCCCUAUUGUUUCCUUCGUAGCAUCAGCGAGGUUCGCAGGCAAUAGUGACGCUCGCGCACCGAUCCGGCAGCACCCGAGCAUGGUCCUUCCCUGGUGAGGCUUGUGUGGCGGCGGCCGGGGUGCUACCAGCCGAGAUGCCAGAGCAAGGGGACGUCGUCACCAUCCUGCACUUCAAUGACUGCUACAACGUGGAGGAGCAGCACGGAGAGCCCGUGGGAGGAGCCAGCAGGUUUUGCACUGCACUCAAGGGUUUCUCUGCCCACAAUCCUUUGAUCCUGUUCAGUGGGGAUGUCCUGGCACCCUCCUUCAUGAGUACAUUCACGAAAGGAGAGCAAAUGGUGCCUGUUUUAAACUGUUGCCGAGUGGACUGUGCUGUCUAUGGAAACCACGAUUUUGAUUUCGGAGUUGAUAACUUGACGGAAUUUGCGAAGCAAACCAAAUUUCCAUGGCUAAUGAGCAACGUCGUAGACAAUGAAACUGGAAAGUUGCUGGCAGAUGGUGAAGAAUUCCAAAUUCUGGAGAGGUCUGGCAAAAAGAUUGGACUGAUUGGACUCGUUGAAGAGGAGUGGUUGGCAACAUUAGCCACACUUGACCCAGAUGAUGUGGAAUACAAGGAUUUUGUCACCGAGGGACGAAGGUUGGCUAGGUUCCUGAAGCACAAGAAGGGUGUAGACUAUGUGAUUGCCCUCACUCACAUGCGAACUCCAAACGAUUGCCGCCUAGCUGCCAAUGUGGAUGAGAUUGAUCUUAUACUUGGUGGCCAUGACCACGUAUACGAGAUCAAGAAGGUGAAUGGCAAAUACAUUGUGAAGAGCGGAACUGACUUCCGUCAGUUUUCGCAUAUCACUCUAAGCUUUACGACAUCAGGCGUGACGGUCAACAUUGUGGAAGUGAAUGUGACGUCUGCCUUUGAAGAGGACAAGGAACUUAAGGAGCUGCUAUCAAAGUACAAAGAUGUUGUUCACGGCAAAAUGGAGGAAGUGAUUGGGCACUUUGCGGUGGAUCUGGAUGGGAGAUUUAGCAGCAUUCGGACUUCGGAGACCAACCUAGGCAACUUCAUCAGCGACGUGAUGUUGUCCUCGACACAUUCGGAUCUGGCCAUCCUCAACGCGGGCACCCUCCGCUCCGAUCGGAUCCAUCCGAGGGGAGCCUUCACCAUGCGAGACCUGGUCACCAUCCUUCCCAUGAUUGACUCCCUCAUUGUCCUCAGUGCAACAGGAGACCAAGUUCUGCAGGCCUUGGAAAAUGGAGUUUCCCAAUACCCGAAGCUCGAGGGUCGUUUCCCACAAGUAUCCGGCGUGACCUUCGCAUUUGACCCGAAAAAACCACCAGGGCAGAGGAUCGACCCUCAGUUUGUGAGAAUUGGGGAUGAACCCUUGGACAAGACUCAGAAAUACAGACUCGUCACCAAAAAUUACCUAGCCCAAGGAAGGGAUGGGUACGACGUCUUCAAAGAUUGUGAAGUUGUGAUGAGCGAAGAUGAGAGCCCAGAGUUAUGCACGGCCGUCCAGAACCACUUCCAGGCAAUCAAGAUUCUCACUGGCGUGGCUCGCCCAAGGACUCACCACCGACAAAGCCUCGUCUGCUUAUCCAGGAGGCACAGCCUGGUGCGGACUUGUGAAGACGUCUCUGUGAAGGCGCCGCUGAAGCGUGGAUUCAGCCUGGAUGCAUCAGCGCGGAGAGGCCUGUUCCGCCAGCGGCAGGCUUCGCUAGAAGACGUUGAGCACGAGACAUGCAAAAUGGAGCCCAAGGUGGAGAACCGCAUUGUCAUCCUCACAGAGGAGGUAGAGAAGAAGUUUCGUCAAGAGAAUGAGAUCCAUCCGCUCAGUCUCGUCGAAGAGGUGAUUGAAGAGGAGCCAGCUUCAUCUGGAAGUUUUGAGAAGAACUGAGACCGAAACUCCGAACCAAGCACACGCACACCAAAGUCAAAAGCCACCUACCAGUCUAGGUGCGCAGCAAGUUCCAGAACGUGGAAGGAAAACAAAAUUUAUUGCGUCCAAUCGCUACAAAUUCCUAGCAAUUUCGCUUCUGUAGACUGAAUGCAAGCCAAAGGUUGUAUGCUUUUGAAAGACAAUCGUGCACAGCAAGAGUGUGUAGUCAUUUCCUCGAGUACCUCUAGAGGGGACGCUGUUGCAACGUGUGUUCUGAAUUGAUUUCUAGAAUGGGGAGUAGUGGGAGGGCUUCAGUUUUGAUCGCUUUAGAGUGCUGCAGUUCUAGAAGGCUGCAAAUGCAAAGUGUCUAUGACAGUCUCGACGUGGAGCAUGGGCUGCACGCAUGAUGGGGACAGGGUGUUGUGUUUGGCAAAUGCAAAGGAGACAGAAGGUAGUUGCAUUCUAAUCGUCCCUUAGCUGGGAGUUAAUAAUUUUGUCCACCUCUGCAACUCUCUGUCUAACUAUUAAAUGUUGUAGGACAGCAUUUGCACAGAGCUUCUAGUUUUAUAAAACUAUGAUUCUGAGCCAAGUGGGGCUACCUAUUGUCGAAGUUUUUUGUACUUUAUAUAGUUUUUAAUUGUGGUAUAAACUCAUCAAAUUGGGCCAGUUACUUCUCAAAACGUUGGCUUAUUUGUGUAUUAGACUCAUUGUUUCACUUGUCUGGCAAGAUUCUCCUAAUCAUAAGCUGGUCAUGUCCACUCACAGACAAUAUUAGUGACCUUCGUGAAUGGUUCCACCAAAUAGUGCAGGUUUGGCAUAAUUGUUUGCUGCAGGGCAUUUCUCACCGAUUUGAGAGAUUACUACUUUGUAUUUCAUUUUGAAAGUUCCAAGCUGCGAGCAGUCUGAUCAUUUUCUUCACAUUGUCUCUGGGUGCAUGUCUGCUAGCCCAUUGCCUCAUUUCUGAAAGUUUUUCAUGUUUUGACUUUGGAAGCCAGGGUGUAAAGCCAUCUCAGAUGUGGAAAUUGUACUUUUAUUUCUAGUUCAAGCUAGCUAUAUAUACUAUAUAUAUGUAUAUAUAUAUAUUUUACACAGAUCUUAAUAUUUGCUAAGAAUGCCAGACUUAAAUGGUUGCUGCCGUGUUCAUUUUAGUUUUAUUUCUUCUGCAUCAAUCAGGUGAAUUGGAUGUAACUUUGUAAUACCCGACUGUAUUUCUUUCUCGUCUGGAGCCAAACAAAACCUAUUCUUGGCACUCACGACUUGCAAACAGCAACUUUUGCAAGGAAAGCUUUUCCUUGUCAUAUUUUGUUUGUAGACUUCUUUGUACAUUGUGGCUACAGCUCAUAAAGCACUUAAUUUAUUUUUUUUGUGAAUCAACUCUGUGGUAGUUUCGGCACUCCCUUCAUGCAGGAAAAGUGUAACCUUGUUUAGUGCCGUGGUUUAUUCACAAACCUCAUUUUUGAACAAAGAGCUCACUCUGUCUGCACAGUGCAUAUGCUUUCGAAAAAAUAAAACUUGUGAAAUGACCAA